CCCAGACUCUGUUCUUUAAAGACAGCAUCCAGCUUGUCACUCCGACCUCAACUCCUCCAUCCUAUCCCGAUUGCCCCUUGAGGCUCAUCACCCGACUAUCGAUUAUCUCAUUCCCAGCGUUCCGACCCUCGUCCGGAUAAGCUUGGAGUCACCUUCUUUCGACCUACACUUCCUUUGAUCCGUGCAGUUCGACCAGUACAGCAGGUCUUCGAUCUUACGACUCCACUCACCUCCCUCCUUCUUCUCCGGUCCUCUCUUCUUCCUUCAUAUUCGAUAUGGAUCACUCCAGAGAUCCCUGCCCCUGGGUUGCUCUUAGCGACUUCGGUGGUGCUUUCUGUAUGGGUGCAAUUGGUGGUGCUGUCUGGCACGGUGUGAAGGGUUUCAGAAACAGCCCCUACGGAGAGCGUCGGAUAGGUGCCAUCACAGCCAUCAAGGCUCGUGCGCCGGUUCUCGGUGGUAACUUCGGUGUUUGGGGUGGUAUGUUCUCGACGUUCGACUGUGCGAUCAAGGGUAUCAGAAAGAAGGAGGAUCCUUACAAUGCUAUCAUUGCUGGUUUCUUCACUGGUGGUGCUUUGGCCGUUCGUGGUGGUGUCAAGGCUGCCAGAAACUCCGCCAUCAUGUGCGCUGUCUUCCUGGCUGUCAUUGAGGGUGUCGGUAUCGGUUUCCAGAGAAUGAUGGCCGACAACACAAAACUAGAGCUUCCUCCUGCCCCUCCGUCCGGCGACAAGGCUGUCGCUUAAUUUACCAAUCGCUUCACGUUAAGACCUACGAUUUCCCCGCCGUUGUCAGCAAUAUUGCCAUAUUAUUUAUAUUCCUCCCUCGUGUCUCUCUUCUCUGGUGUUGGCUGGGUCAUAUCAUUUCAGGAUGCAUGGUAUAGAGGUUUUCGAUUCAUGCUUCGAUCCCUUCUCUUAAAAGAUGUGUUUUUGAGAAAAAAAGGGUUUUGCCGGCGAUUUUGGAUUGCACAGCCUUGCAUCCUUGUGUAUUUCUGCUUUGUCGGAGGCGAACAAAAAAAGAGACGUCUCGGCACUCAUCUUCGGUUCUUCCAGAGAUGUAUUUUCAUUUUUUCUUGUACAUUAACAUGCAAAUCUUACAG